CCUCCCAAAAACCCCUAACCCCUUUUUCCGCCAUUGAAGCUCCUUAAACCCCAACGGCCGCAAUGAACGCCAUUUUUACUCCUACAUAGUUCUCAGAGAUGCUUCUUAGGCAUCGCUCUUCUCUCCACGGUCUCUUCUUCUCCAACGCCGUCUGUCCUAUUAUGGGUUCCAACUACUUCCUCCACUUCAAAACUACACCCUCUUCAUUAAACAACAAAUCCAAUAUACACAAAUUCAUUUCAUCUGGUUUGCCCUCUAAUUCAGUACCCAAAUUGGUUUCUUUAUCUCUUAAACCCUCUGACUUAUCUUUUUGUUCUCAUGCCAGUAUCUCCAGACCAGGUGGUGCACUGCCAUCAGAUCUGCCAUGGAUGAAGUCUCAGGAGCAACCUUCUUGUUAUGCUACCAUUGCACAUACCAACAAUGCCAUUACAUAUCUAUCAACCUUUUUCACAUUUUGGAACUUUUACCUAGUUUCUAAAGUAUGUUUAGAGAAGCCUGAUGAGGAAAUAGUUGAUUCCCAACAGCUAAAGCUACUUAGACUGAAAUUGGAAGGGAUUGGAAUAGCCUGUGGAUCUUGUACACCUGGCCAGACAUAUGGCUUGCUCUGCCCCAUGUGCAAAGGUGGUGAAUCUGGUGAGAAGAAACUCUCUCUCUUCGUUGCUGAGGAUGGUAAUGCAGCUGUGUGGACUUGUUUUCGAGCCAAGUGUGGAUGGAAAGGCAGUACACGGGCUUUCGCAGAUGUUAAGUCAAGUUACAACACGAUGAGGAAACUUCCCAGAGUGAAAAGAAUUAAGGAAAUUGCAGAGAAAGAUUUGAAGUUAGAACCUUUGUGCCACGAUUUACUUGAAUAUUUUUCCGAAAGAAUGAUAUCUGAAGAGACAUUAAGGAGAAACUCCGUCAUGCAAAGACGCUAUGAGAAUCAGAUUGUUAUUGCAUUUACUUAUAGACGAAAGGGAGAACUUGUUAGUUGCAAAUAUCGAGAUCUCGAAAAAAAGUUUUGGCAGGAAAGUGAUACUGAGAAAAUAUUAUACGGACUCGAUGAUAUAGAAGGCGAAAGUGAUAUCAUCAUUGUUGAGGGUGAAAUGGACAAGCUUGCAAUGGAAGAAGCUGGUUUUCGUAACUGUGUGAGUGUCCCUGACGGUGCUCCUUCAAAGGUUUCCUCUAAAGAGUUACCAUCUCAUGAACAGGACACAAAAUACCAAUAUUUAUGGAACUGCAAGGAGUAUUUAGAAAAGGCGUCACGCAUAAUACUUGCCACUGAUGGGGAUCAACCUGGUCAAGCCUUAGCCGAAGAGCUUGCACGCCGCCUUGGUAGAGAAAGGUGCUGGCGAGUCACAUGGCCAAGCAAAAAUGAAACGGAGCAUUUUAAAGAUGCUAAUGAGGUUCUCAUGUUCAUGGGUCCUGCUGUCUUGAGGGAAGUUAUUCAGACUGCCGAAUUGUACCCCAUCAAAGGUUUAUUCAACUUUAGAGAUUACUUCAGUGAAAUUGAUGCAUAUUAUCAUCAGACCCUUGGUAGUGAGCUUGGAAUUUCAACUGGAUGGAAGGCUAUGGAUGAUUUAUAUAAUGUUGUGCCAGGAGAGUUGACUGUAGUCACCGGAGUUCCCAAUUCAGGAAAGAGCGAGUGGAUUGAUGCGUUGUUAUGCAAUCUUAAUGAAAGUGUUGGUUGGAAGUUUGCACUAUGCUCUAUGGAGAACAAGGUUAGGGAGCAUGCAAGGAAACUUCUCGAAAAGCGCUUGAAGAAGCCAUUCUUUGAUGUGAGGUAUGGGAAAUCUGUUGAAAGAAUGAGUCCGGAAGAUUUGGAGGCAGGAAAGCAAUGGCUGAGUGACACUUUUCAUCUCAUACGGUGCGAGAAUGAUUGCCUACCAAGUAUCACUUGGGUCCUUGAUCUUGCAAAAGCUGCGGUUCUUAGACAUGGGGUGAACGGACUCGUGAUUGAUCCAUACAAUGAGCUUGAUCACCAGCGGCCUUCGAACCAGACUGAAACAGAGUAUGUUAGUCAGAUGCUGACGAGCGUGAAGCGAUUUGCCCAACACCAUUCAUGCCAUGUUUGGUUUGUGGCGCAUCCUAAACAGUUGCAGCAAUGGACCGGUAAACCUCCAAAUCUAUACGACAUUAGUGGAAGUGCACACUUCAUAAACAAAUGUGAUAAUGGAAUUAUUAUUCAUCGAAAUAGGGAUCCAGAAGCAGGCGCAAUGGAUCUAGUGCAGAUCUGUGUGCGGAAGGUGCGGAAUAAAGUUUCGGGAACGAUAGGUGAUGCGUUCUUGACAUAUAAUAGAGUAACCGGUGAAUAUUUGGACAUCAAGCCAAAGGAUUUGAAGUGAAGGGCUUCUCUUCUUUUUUCUUCUCAUUUAUCUUUUUUGAUUACUUUUCUGUAUUAUGUUUCAACAUUGUAACCAAAUUAAUCUGAUGAUGCAAAUUGAUAUCUUAUUUAUGUAUAAAUCUUGAUUGCAUCUGCAUUUCUAUCUGUAAACAUAUGUUUCUUGAUAGGAUCAUAUCGACUUUGCCUA